AUCUCAAUCCUAAGAUCCGUAGUGUGUACAUAGGCUUAAAAGGCGAGUUGCCGUCUGACGAUGGACUGGGUGUUUUCACUGACACUAUGGCGUCUGUAAUCAAAGACACGGGCGAGAUCUGGAGCAGAUUGUUCGACCAUCGUCCGUUUGUGCAAGGAGAAGUCACGUUCUUUUUGCGGGAAUUCCAGGACAAAAGAGCUGAUAGAGAAGUGGAGCGUCUUUUCAAAAUACUUGAAUAUUCUACUGAGUUGAAAGAAAGUCAACUGGAUCGUACUGAGCAACUUGGCGACUGUCAUCUGCCUAGUCUUAAAGCAAAUGUGGACGUUGCACUGAGUAUGUGCAAUCGUGUUUUACAGAGAGAAGAGAAUUUUGAUAGUGAUAGUAUUUUGAGAGAAAACAGAUUGAUCAGAAAAAGAGAAUGGGAAAAGUUCAUCAAUGAUAUGAGCGACAAAUGUCAGAAAGUGGAUCAAACAUUCCAGGAGAAGGAAAACGAGAUACAAGAGUUUUAUAUUGAUCUGGAAAAAAAAUUACAUAUUUCUCCAUAAAACGUUUUUCAUCUUUGCAU